AAUAAGAAAGUUGCAACAGAAAAAAGCAGAAUAGCUCAUUCUGCAUUUGCAUCUUAUUCUCUUAUUGACGUAGAUUCAAGUGAAGAAUAUGUUUAUUCUAGUAAUAAAAGUUCAGAUGACAAUUUUAUAAAAUUUGAUAAUUCUGAUGAAAUGAAUUUAAUAAUUAAACAACUUCAUUCAGCUUUGACAGUAAGUUUUAAAAAAAAAGAAUGUCCUACUACUUAUAUUAGAAAUUUUAAAUGCAUUUGGCAAAGAAAAAAUAAGGUAUUUAGAAAAGUGGUCAUAGGAAGCAAAAAAUCAAGCAAAGAACCAAGUAAAGAACUAGGUAAAGAACUAGAUGAAGAACUAGGUGAAGAGUCAGGUGACAAAUCAGACAAAGAAAUAGAUGAAAAAAAAAUUUACAGUGCAAUUGAAUUUGUAGAUGGUAUAUUUGCUUUUGACAAUAUUACAUCUCAUAAAGUAUUAUCUGAGGAUGCUCUUAUGGCUUCAAAAAUGAACCUUGGUCUAGAUGGUUCAGCUUUAAAAAUGUGGGAUAUGACAUGA